AUGGCAUCUUCGGUACUUGCGGCAGGAGCAUUGCUCUUCGCUGGGUUGUCAACUGCCGCUCAAUAUGAAGAAUACAUUCUAGCUCCCGCCUCGCGAACCAUUCUCCCUGCCUCGAUCUACAAAGUCAACGGUACAGUCGACAACGCAGAUGUUCUUCUGCAUAACACUGUCGGCAGUGCGACCUUCACAGACUCAUCUUCAGUCACGCUGGACUUUGGAAAGAACAUCGGUGGCAUCGUCACCUUUCAAGUCAGUAGCACCGAUAGCAACCAGUACAUCGGCCUUGCCUACACGGAGAGUUCACUCUGGAUCAGUGGAGAGGGCAGUGAUGCUACUGCGGAUGCUGGUCUAGAUGAGAUCUUGUGGUUCGCACCAUCAGGUCCUGGCAACUAUACUGUUGCGCCGGAACACGAACGUGGUGGCUUCAGGUAUCUCAGCCUCAUCCACAACACGACAGGUAAUGUCAAUGUGGAGCAGGUCUCUGUGCAUUUCACGGCAAUGCCACACUAUGCAGGCGACACACUUCGAGACUAUACUGGCUACUUUCAUUGCAACGACGAGCUCAUCAAUCGCGUGUGGUAUGCUGGGGCGUAUACCAACCAACUUUGCACCACCGGCGAUUCGCUCGUGCAUUUCGGUGAGAUUACCUCCAACAUGACCGGCGAUCUGACUCCUCCAAACACUUGGUACAACAAUGCCACCAUAACGAAUGGUACAUCCGCUUUAACUGAUGGGGCUAAACGUGAUCGUUUGGUCUGGGCUGGAGAUAUGGCCAUUGCAGUUCCUGCCAUUGCCGUUUCCUACAACGACAUGAUCUCUGUGGGGAAUUCUCUGGACUCGCUCUUCAAUAACCAAAAUCCACUCACAGGCCAGCUGCCAUAUGCGGGCACUCCAUUUCCCAGUUACAUCUACUCGGCGACUUACCAUCUCUACACGCUGAUCGGAGUGGCCGACUAUUACCUUUACGCUGAUGCCCUUCCUUAUUUGGAGGACAAGUGGCCCGCUUGGAAGAAAGCCCUCAACUUCUCGCUAUCCUUCAUUGACGAGAGCGGUAUGAUGAACGUAACGAGUCCCUCAGACUGGCUCAGAUUUGGAAUGGGCGGCCACAACAUCGAAGCUAAUAGCAUUUUGUACUACWCAAUCUAUCAGGGAGUAAUGCUUGGGAAAGUCGUCGGCGAGGACCGAUCUCUUCUCGACUCAUGGACAGCUGCAGCCGAAGGCAUCAAAGACUCUGCCAACAGGCUGUUGUGGAACGAUACUGCUGGGCUCUUUCACGACAACGAAACGACAACUCUCAUGCCACAGGACGGGAAUUGUUGGGCUGUACUCUCCAAUAUCACUGACUCACCGGAGAAGAACUCUCGCAUCAGCGAAGGCCUAGCCUCUCGCUGGGGCUCAUACGGAGCACCCGCUCCUGAAGCGGGAGAUGCCGUGUCACCUUUCAUCUCCGGGUUCGAACUGCAGGCCCAUCUUCUCGCCGGUAAUCCCAAGACCGCGAUAGAUUUAAUCCGUCUUCAAUGGGGAUUCAUGCUCGACGACCCAAGGAUGACAAACUCCACCUUCAUCGAGGGCUACUCUUUCGAUGGGAGGCUACACUACGCUCCUUACACCAACGAUCCUCGCGUCAGUCACGCUCACGGGUGGGCAACUGGCCCAACAUCGACCUUGACGUUCUACAUUGGUGGCAUCCAUCUGUUGAGCGCAGGUGGCCAGACUUGGGAGCUGAGUCCUCGACUUGGAAAUCUCACCUCGGUGGAUACCGGUUUUGAGACUUCACUGGGAAGCUUUGCUUCGCAGGUCAAUGCUUCAGAGAGUGGCGCUAUCACCGCCUUUGUGUUCACAACGCCAGAGGGUACCUCGGGGAGUGUAAGCUUACCUGGCGUCCGUGGUACGCUGCGUAGCUCGAAUGCGAGUUCUGUUGCUUUGGUUGAUGGUAUGGCGAGCGACGUACAGGGAGGCACGUGGACGCUCGUGCUGGCUGGGAAUGGCGUUGGUGAUGGAAGUCCAGAGCAGUACACUGGGAGUGGUUAUCUCUCGAAGACGGUAUCGGUCUGGGCUUUCAUGGCUGCCAUUUUGGCUCUCGUAUGGUAG